AUGUCUGCCACCGAUACUACUACUCCGGUGAACGAGGCUGCUGUGCUCCAACCGGGCGGCUCCUUCUACUAUGAAAACCGGGAAGUCCCGACGAUCCAAUCCGACAGAGAUGUCAUCGUAAAGGUGAUCGCCACGGGUCUCUGUGGCUCGGAUGUCCACUACUGGCAACAUGGCCGCAUUGGGAGAUACGUCGUGGAGAAACCGCUCAUCCUCGGCCAUGAGUCCACCGGAAUCGUCGUCUCGUGUGGCCCGAAUGUCCAGGGGCUGGCCGCUGGAGAUCGUGUCGCCAUGGAACCGGGCGCCGCCUGCAACAGCUGCGACUUUUGCCGCAGUGGCCGCUACAACCUGUGUCGCUCGAUGAGCUUUGCCGCCACUCCCCCGAUCGACGGAACUCUCUGCACCUACUACCGCGUGCCGGCCGAGUGUUGCUUCAAGCUGCCGGACCAUAUCUCUCUACGCGAUGGAGCGUUGGUGGAGCCCCUGAGCGUCGCCGUCCAUGCAUGCCGGCUCGCCGGGGACCUGCAGAACCGCAAGGCGAUCGUCUUCGGGGCAGGCCCUGUGGGGUUGCUGUGCUGCGCGGUCGCCCGAGCCUUGGGAGCCGCCACUGUCGUCAUCGUGGAUAUCGUAACCAGUCGCCUCGAAGUGGCCACGAAGCAUGGGGCAACUCACACCUACCAAAUGUCCUCAGAGUCUCCAGAGGAGAACGCGAAGGCACUCCUCGAGGUAGCGGGACUGGGAGAUGGCGCCGAUGUCGUGCUGGAUGCCACAGGAGCGGAGCCCUGUGUCAACUGUGGCCUGCACGCAGUCGGACCAGGAGGAACUUUCGUCCAAGUGGGGUUGGGCCGCCCAAACGUCUCCAUCCCGCUUGGUCAAGUCUGCGACAAAGAGGUCAUCGUGAAGGGCAGCUUCCGAUACGGCCCGGGGGACUUCAGCCUCGCCGUGGGAUUGCUGCAGGCCAACCGGGUCAACCUCGAAGGUCUGGUCACGAACGAAUACUCUUUCUCGCAGGUCGAGGAGGCCUUCAAAAAUGUAGCCAACCGGGUCGGGAUCAAGAGCGUCAUCUAUGGACCGGGGGUGGACGCAGCGACGGCCAAUAGCAUCUAG